AAAUCCAGACUAGAGGGUAAUCAUUCACCCCAGCAAGAUUUUACUGUGCCUCAUCUAGGACCAGAUAGAGGAUUUCUGGUAUCAGAUACCAACAAGACACAAGAUCUGCUGAGAGAACAGAUAAAAAAAAUACAGUUUAAAAAGCUGCAAACAACAGAGGAAUGGCUCAGAAACUACAGUUUAGAAUCCUUGCAAUUAACAUUACAGCAUCUGAUGGACAAAGGCAAUAUUAGUUUGUAAUGUUCCAGGAAUUCAGAGAGUGGUGUGGAAGAGAUAGAGUUUAGAGAAGAGACACUUACUGAUUUUGAGUCCAGACUUUCUGAAGUGGUUGACCUUUAUCAGCAGCGAAUUCAGUGGCUGUUGCAGGACAGCAGAAAGGUAUUUGGCGUUAUAAAAGGAACCAAAAUUGGACUUGUGAUUGAUACAUCUGAUCUGAGUUACAGACCUAGACUACUGGAUUUUCAGAAGGAACUUUUGGGCUUAAUUGAUGAACAGCUGUCUUACAAGAAGCAACUGUACUGCCUCUCGUUCAGUACAGAAAUUUCACCACUGUGGGAGAGUCCAAAAAACAUCAAUAUUCAUGUGCUACAUGAAGCAAGAGAAUGGAUACAACAGCUGGAGCCCGGCCAAGGCUGCAAUUUACUGAAAGCUUUAAGACAUAUCUUCAUGGUGAAGGAACUGAAUUCUGUGGUCCUUAUUGUAGGAAACUGCCCUGAUCAGUCUUUGGAGUUGCUGUCUGACUAUGCUCAGCAGUGUACGCUGGGGAGAAAACUGCAGGUUCAUGCUGUUACUUAUGAUUGUAGCAAUGCUUCUGCUCUGGCAGUUCUGAAAAACCUUGCAGAAGCUGUACAAGGCCGUUACCAUUGCUACUCUUCAAAGGGAGAGAAUUUUGAUAGCAGUGAUUUUCAUCUGCUUAUUGAGGAAUCCCAGAAGGCUAAGAACCUGCUCAAGAGCAUCAAACAGACUUUUCAAAGCAGAACUUGUGGCUCACAUAUUGGUAGAGUAGCAGAGGUUUCCACAGAAUUUGCAAGUGCAGUACCUUCCAACUUUGUACCAAAGCCCCCAAAGCACGAAGGACCACUAGUUCUUCAAACACCAUGUGGCCUGGCCAAAACCUCGACAGACUGGUUAAAGACAAAUGGAUUGAAAGCUAAAAAGUUGAACCUUUAUCAAGUGUUGGCUCCCAAUGCCUUCUCUCCUGUGGAAGAAUUUGUACCUAUUCUUAAAAAAACAGUAUCAUCAACUCUACAUGAGAAAGUGAUGGUGCAGUUUGAAUGGUAUGAUGGAACUGUGAAAAAUAUUCAUGUUGACCUGCCAAUACUGUACAACUAUCAGAAACUCCUUGCUAAAAUGGUAAGAAUCUAUGAGAAACGAAUUGACUGGCUGUCUGGUGCUAGCAGAAGAAUAUGGGGAUGUGUUUGUGAAAGGAGGGUGGUUAUACUUGUUGAUAUAUCAGCGACAAACUCGAGGUACAUCAUCCACAUCCAACAUUCUUUGCGACUGUUACUUGAGGAGCAGCUGUCAGAUAAGGAUUACUUCAAUAUUCUAGCAUUUGGGAGUGAUGUUGUGCCUUGGCAGUUGGAGCUAGUUCCUUCUAAACCAGAAAACUUACAAAGUGCUUGGAGGUGGGUGUUGAACUUGCAGUGCAAAGGGAGUAGAAAUUUCAUGAGUGCUCUCAGGAGAGCUGUGGAAGUAGACUUCAAAGACAAAGAUAAACACAAAUCACAAGGACUUUACCUACUAACCACUGGAAUACCUGAUCAGGAAACACACACACUGAGUGCUUAUGUAGCUGAGGUUUGCAGAGGUUUUGAUUUGCAACUUCACGUCUGCCUCUUCAGUGUAAUGGAAGACACUGACUCCAACAGAAUGCUGCCAGCCCGCUCUGCUGACCCAACUGAAACUGCCACAGCUUUUAAAGAGAUAGUACAGGCAGCCAAUGGGAGAUUUCAUUGGUUUGGAGAGGCAGGUAUUUUUGAAAGUGAUGAUAUUAGUGUUCUUGUAUCUGAAAUGGAAAAAGCAAACAGCUACUCCCAAAAGUGUGUGUUCCUGGUGGAAUCCUUAAAGCAACGUUCACUAAGUCGGUCUGAUGAUCCAUCUGUAGCAGAAGGAGACUCAAAUGUGCUUGCCAAGAAAGAGAAAAGAAGGCCACAGAAGUUGCCAUCUCCUAAACCCACAGCUCUGAGUCUGUAUAUUAAAGGCAACCAUGGUGCAGAGAGAAAUGCUUCCUUAAGAGUACUGGCGUGGCGUCCUCCUAGUGCUAAAGCAGAAAUUCCACCAGCACCAGCAAUGAAAGAAUGGCCUCAUACUGAGAGUAUACGAAGGCAUAAACCAAGGAAGCAGCCAGAGUUUUCUGUGUCAGUGUUUUAUACUGGCAGAGGAAGAAAUGUGGGUACAGUGUACCAUAAGUACCCACAGACCAUGUGCACAAGAAAUUCUGUUCCCUCUGUUACACUGCCAAAAAGAGAGGAAAUAUGUUCAAGCAAAGAGUGGCUGACCAAGUACAGUAUUAAAAAGCUUCAACUGGAAUUGCCCAGACUGGUGUUUGGUCCCAGCUGCACUCACCAAAACAGAACUGUGGAGGCUCUGCACAAGAAAGUGGCAGCAAAAUACUGUGCUAUCUUCCCUAGUGUUGAAAUCAAUGGGGUUGUGAAGCAUCUGCAGAUCCAAUCUAAAGAACUGGAAAUCUACACUCAGCAACUGGAGAAAGUGCUGCAGCGCUAUGUACAAAGAAUACAGUGGCUUCUGUCAGGAAGCAGAAGGUUGUUUGGUACCAUUUUAGAAGCAAAUGUCUGUCUUAUGAUUGACACCUCUGGUUCCAUGGACCCGUAUUUGCCAUGUGUAACGAAAGAACUCACCUCUCUUAUCUGGGAGCAGCUGAGGAAAAAUGAUGUCAGGUUUAACCUGCUGAGGUUUGCAGAAAACACAGAAAGUUGGAAGGAGCAUCUUGUAGAGGCAACUGAUGAAACAUGUCAUGAUGCUGUGCAGUGGGUGUCCAGUUUUCAGGCUCAUGGUAAUACCUGCAUCCUUAUGGCUUUACAGAAAGCUCUCAGUUUCCAAGGUGUAGAGGCACUGUAUGUAUUGACUGAUGGAAAACCAGACACCAGUUGCAGUCUGAUUUUGAAAGAAAUUGAAAGACUGAGAAAGAAACAAGACAUUAAAAUCCACACCAUUUCUUUUAGCUGCACAGACAGAGGAGCUAAUGAAUUUCUGAAGAAGCUUGCUUCCCAAACAGGAGGGCGCUACCACUGCAGUUUUGGAGAUGUGGAUGGACAAUUGGCAGCACAAAGACUGUUGACAGAGGGGUUUGAUGAUGAAGAUGAUCCUGUUUUCCCUUACUUUGAAGGAGAUGAUUUAAAGAAACUUACACAAGAAGUAGCAAAAGCUAGAAGUUUCUUAAAGCAGGCAAAAUCUUAUAGGUUAUUGCUUCAGAAAUGGAAUAGAAACCAAAAGGAGAAUUCUGGCUUUUAAGAAAGUGCUCAGGAUUAUAUUUUGGAUGAAGAAAAGAUGCUGAAGAGGUUUGGAGCGGUACCAUUAGCCCACAUCUUUUCAAAGUGUGCUUAA